AUGUUUAGAUUGGCCUAUUUACCUCGCGGUUUAAAGAAGGUACAGCCAAGAAUAUUCUAUAGUGGUAAUUCGUAUAUAAUACGGUCAGUAAGGUUAUAUAAUUCGGGAGAUAAAUCAAAUCAAGAAUUUCAAAAUUUACUGGGAAACUCCCAGAAGGAAAGCGAUCCUUUAAAUAUAGAUGAAUUAUUUCCAGAUAUCUCCAAAAAUACAUCUGAAACAGCCGAUUUCGAAAAGAACAACGGGAAAGACAAUUUGAACUACGAAAAGCUGGAGUUAUUUGCAUCUCAGAAUAAAGCAUCUCAAGAAGAUCAGGAAUUAAAGUCUUUUGAAAGAGAUAGCCUCUUAUCUGACAUAGAUACCUAUGUUGAUGCCAAGAAUGGCAGUAAUGAAGAAGCUAUAGACAUAUCUACGGAAGAAAAAUCAGAAUUUGAUAUUUUAAAUGAUUUACUUAAUGACCACGAGAAGAAACAAGAUGAGAUUAUAGAUUCAAAGAAAGGCAAUGAUGAUUUUAAUGAUCUUUUAUCAUCUCUUAACUUAGAUGGUGAUAGUAAUAACAACGAUGAAGGGUUAUUUGAUUUUGAAAAACUAGGUGAAAUGACAAAAGAUCAUCUUAGUAGUAAACAGAACAAAACUCAAACAGAAGAAUUCAAUCCAAUUGAUGUCGAUAAGAACGAUGAAAAUAUUUUUGAUUUGAGCUUUUUGGACAUGAAUAAAACUAAUGAUAACGAAAAGAAAAUUAUUGAGGAAGAAAAGCAACUAUUUCAAAACAUCUUCAACUCUUACGUGAAGCCAACGGAUAGAGACGAACAAUCAGAGUUGUUGCAGAACUUGAGAGAUUCUGUAAAUAUUUCCAAAAACCAGAUUAAUGAUAUAUUGACCUCCUCAACUAGUGCACGAAACAAAUUGCCUAACGUUUCUGGAAGGUUGAAGGAUGAACUCUUUACCAAAACUAGGGAUGCUUUGAAACCAACGUUAGAAUAUAUACAUACAUCUUCAGACUUGGGUACUUCAAAUUCGUUAACCCAAUACCUAAGAACUGUUUUUACCAGUUGGUUUGAAAUAGUUGAAAAGGCACAAAGUGAUAAAGUUGUUUUUGAAGACGUAUAUCUAAACAAGCUAUUGAAAAAAUCAACAAAAUUCAGCGAGAAGCAUGAUAAAUUUAUUAAUUCCGUUUACGUUCAAUCGACCGAACAUCCAUCUAACCCUAUUUUGAACGUUUUCACAUUACCCAUUAUAUUCAACUCCAUUCUUAAUACAAUAGCCAUGAAAUACCACGAUGGACAGCUCGCUCUUUCGUUAUUCAAUUUCUUGAAAAAGGAUAUUAAUUUAUAUACUGUAUGCUGCAAUCAACAAACAUACAAUGAAAUUUUGAGAAUACAGUGGUUGUUCUACGGCAAGUCAAAUUUGUAUGGUAUUGAACUCAUCUUUAUAGAAAUGUUGAACAACGGUUUCUCUGGCGACUUAAUGACAUUUAACAUACUUAAGCAAAUAAUUAUAGAUUACCAUAAUUUAAAGAUGGGACAAGCUUCCUUAAAUGAAGCGAAACUUCCAAUAUGGUCAAAAGAAGAUGAUAAACGGGUAGAAAACUUAGAAAGAAAGUUAAGUACUUUGGCUUAUGUUUUAAAAAGAUCCCACAGGUAA